AUGGCAGAGAAUGAAGAAGAACAACAAAAACAGUCUUUGACGUCGAAAUCAUCCACCGGAGGAGCUUCACGGCCGACGAUUUCGCUUCCUCCUCGACCGUUUGGGGAAAUGUUUUAUAGCGGUGGCGUUGGAUUUAGUGGAUUCAGUCCUGGUCCCAUGACUCUCGUCUCUAAUAUGUUCUCUGAUCCUGAUGAAUUCAAAUCCUUCUCUCAGCUUGUCGCCGGAGCUAUGGCUUCUCCUGCCGCUGCUGCAGUCGUCGCUGGUGCUCAUCAGACACCUGUAAGCUCUGUCGGUGGUGGCGGUGACAGUCUUCUUGACCCGAGGUUCAAGCAAAACAGACCAACGGGAUUGAUGAUUACACAGCCACCGGGGAUGUUCACCGUGCCUCCGGGACUAAGUCCGGCGACGCUUCUGGAUUCUCCCAGUUUCUUUGGUCUGUUUUCACCCAUUCAGGGAUCAUUUGGUAUGACACACCAACAAGCAUUAGCACAAGUCACUGCACAAGCAGUUCAAGGCAAUAGUAUCCAGAUGCAAUCAGAAUCUUCUACACAACAACAAACUUUAUUGACUGAGGUUCCCUCGUUACCAGCCCCGGCUCAGAGAGAUGACUCUGAAGUAUCCGUCUACGAGCAUCGGUCGCGGCCUCAGAAUGCUGCUGAUAAACCAGCUGAUGAUGGAUACAACUGGCGGAAGUACGGGCAGAAGCAAGUCAAAGGUAGCGAUUUUCCUCGGAGUUAUUACAAGUGUACGAAUCCUGCGUGUCCUGUCAAGAAGAAAGUGGAGAGGUCUGUCGAUGGACAAGUAACGGAAAUCAUUUACAAGGGUCAGCACAAUCAUGAGCCUCCACAAAACAAUAAGCGCGGCAGGGACAAUAACGGGAGUUGUAGCAGUCUCAACAAGACUAAGAGAGACCAGGAAACAAGUCAGGUGACAAUAACGGAGCAGAUGUCUGAAGCAAGUGAUAGCGAGGAAGUUGGUAAUGCAGAAACUAGUUUGGGAGGAACACACGAGGAUGAGCCUGAUCCCAAGAGAAGAAAUACGGAAGUCCGGGUUUCAGAACCGGUUUCUUCAUCGCAUAAUACCGUGACAGAGCCUAGAAUUAUUGUCCAAACGAGGAGUGAAGUUGAUCUGUUAGAUGAUGGAUAUAGAUGGCGCAAGUAUGGUCAGAAAGUAGUCAAAGGGAAUCCUUAUCCAAGGAGCUACUAUAAGUGUACAACACCGGGAUGCGGAGUAAGGAAACAUGUAGAAAGAGCAGCAAAUGACCCGAAAGCUGUUAUAACAACAUAUGAAGGUAAACAUAACCAUGACAUUCCAGCGUCUAGAACCAGCAGCCAUCAGUUAAGACCAAACAACAAUCUCUCGACGGUUAACUUGAACCAACAACAGACCGUUGCGCGUCUAAGGCUUAAAGAAGAGCAAAUCACUUGA